UCCACCGUGAUCUCCUCUUUGCUCGGACGAGCUUGGACGUCACUAACUUAUUUAUACCAUAAUAUUAUACUUAUACUGUGCUUGUACUCUUCCUACUUUACGUGAAUCCUUACUUUAACAAUAAUUGAUUUGACAUUCAAUGAUCUAAGUAUAAUCAGUAAUCAAGAGCUAAGUUUUCAGAAAUGGCUACAGACACUUCAAAUACAAAUGCAAAGCUUUUACAACAUCAUGAAAAUAAAAACAUAGAAGUAAACAAUAUAUUAAAUAAUGAUUUGAAUAGUAACACUGAACAAUCUGAAGAAACACAUAUUAAUAUAGAAUGCAUAAAGGAAGAAAAUGAAAAAACACCUACCAAAAAACACAAUGGUAACAUAAAUUUACAAAUUAAUAGCAGUAAUAAUAAAGAAAAGACAAACUUAGAAAGUUAUAAUAAUAAUCAUAAAGUAACAUAUAACACCAGAAGCUCCUUAAUAAGGAUUCGUAAAAUGGAAGAUUUAUGUAAAACUCCUGAGAAAGAUAUCGAUUUAAAUGAAUCAAUUGACAUAAAAGACAUUAAAAUAGAAGGUACAUACACUUCUGAAAAAUUUAGUCCUAGCAUGUUAAUCACCAAUUCAGUGGAAUCUAAUUCUAUGACAAUUAAAGUUUUACAAGAAUCACCAACGCCAAGUAAAAAAAGAAAACAUCUUGAGGAAAAUAACACACCUAAUAAACAAAAAAAAAGAAAAAGUAGUGACAGUGAAGAUUAUUAUCAAUUACCUGUUACAUUGAAGACAGAUUUAUAUGAUAAUACUCCAAACGAUAUGGAACAUAUUGUUAUGUUACAUGACCUGGAUUCUGUGAUGGAUUUUGAAGAUACUAAGAUACCAAGUUUCUUAUCAUCCGGAAGUAAUGAUAUGGAGAAUAAAGAAAAUAUGGAAAUAUCAAAAGAUCCUCAAGUUGAUCCCCUUCUUAUUGAUAAUAAUGAGCUGAAGGAUGCUGUUACUGAGAAUAUAAACAUAAAACAAGUAAAUAAAACAGUUAAAUCCAUACAUAAUUCAAGAGCUGGAAGAAAAAAAGUAACUGAUAGUAAUAACUGUAUCAAAUAUACGAGACAAACAAAAUUGAGUUGCGAGAAGCGUAAUAACACCCAUAACAGAAUAAAAACUGAAUUAAAAGUAUUAAAUAGUCCAUCAGGCACAGAAGAUGAAGAAAUUUCUGAAAGUGACAGACAGAGACUGUAUGAUUUAAAAGUACAAAUAAUGCACAAUAUACCACCGCAACACAAAAUAGAACGAACAGCAGGUUCAAGGGCAUUGACGAAAGCAGAGAAACAAUUAUUUUUAGAAUAUACACUAUUAAGAAAAGGUGUUUUUUUACCUCGUGAAGAUAAACUUAUCAUAGACAAUUGGAAAGAAUUCUGUAAAGUUCAUAAUUGGAAUCCUAAAAUUGUAAAACCAUUUCUUUACAUGAAAUAUGGCCCAAGAUAUUCUAUUAAAAGUACAGAAGACAGACAAAAAUUCGUUCAGUUUUUAGCGAAUGGGUUACCGUGGAGAUCACUCUACAGUGUACAUCAAAGAUUUAAGAAUAUAUUUGAAAAGUGUGAAAAGCCUUUUAAGAGGUACACUUCAGCAGAAGAUGAAAAAAUUUUAUUAUACAUGAAGAAGAAACAAAGAAACAAAAGUAAAACAAACAAAAAGUUUACUAAACUAGCACAAAUAUUAGGUCGUAAGACGCGUUCAGUUCGGGUACGUUAUAAACUGCUUAAACAAAUGCAAAAAAGCCAUACAGGAAGACCAAUAUCAGAAGUUAAGUGGACAUUACCAUUAAUUAGUAUAUUUUUGAAAGCUUUUUUGGAUGUUACAUUAUCUGAAGAAGUGAGAGAAUUGAAAAAUGCUAAAAUUCCAAAACUAAUUUGGAUGAAAUUAGAAGAAAAACUAAACAUAGACUAUGAGGUAUUACAAAAAUUUUGGAUACAUCAGCUGCAUAUGCAAUUGUUUUGCCCAGAACCCAUUUACUUAAGUGAUAUAAAAAUAAAAUUAAUUGAAUAUGUUUAUGGAAAAGGAAUUUCAAAUACUCGAGAAAUAACGUGGCCAAAUGUGGCGAAAUAUUUUGAGGGGGUUACUACCAUCUUUCUGUGUAAAAUAUUUUGUCAUCUUGUACAUGCAGCUACUGUGAAAACACGCAAAACGAACUUUCUUGAAAUUAUGGAAUAUCUAUAUCAUUGCAAAAUACAUGAUAUACACAAUAGUUCCACUGACAGAUUUCUCCCUAGACUUUCUUAUGAUAAGGGACAGGUUACGAUUAUAGAUGAAAAUAUAGAAUAAUAAUUUAAUUCAAAUGAUAAAAAUCUAAUGUAUAUUAUCACAUAAUUUAUUAAAUCUCGAAAAUUUUCCA